AUGAGUACUGGUUCACCGAAUUUGACUGGUCAGAAUGAGACCGAGCAACAAACUGUGCUCAUUAACAGCAGUUCCAUAAAAGCCAGCCUCUCGUUGGCCGAGCCGAUCUUGUUUUUGUACGGCUUUUCCAAAUCAGAGCAGCGCGAACGUCCCCCUGCACUGCUACGGGGCUCACUCAUCUUGAGAAUCUCGAAACCAACCAAAAUUAAGAGCAUCAGCCUCAAGUUCCGCGGUGUUUCUCGCACCGAAUGGCCCGAAGGCAUCCCGCCCAAGAAGAUUGAAACCUUCGAAACAAAAGACAUCUACUCCCACAUCUGGCCCUUUUUCUCCGCACAUCUGCCUGCUGCAGAAAACGGAUCUGGCGCCCAUGUUGUACAUCCCUUGGAGAACGAGCUCUCGGCAAUGUCGGCCCUCCCUCGCGGACGAGCAGAGCGGCCAACUGUGGCAUCGGAAACACGCGCACGCUCCAUGUCCAAUCCAAUGGACCCACUCAAUGUGUUUCACCGACAUAACGCCGCCUCGCCGUCCCCUGGCCCCAGAGCAGGCGAUGUAGCCACCAAAGGAUAUCGGCAGUUCCAGCCGGCCGAGUAUAUUUAUAGCUUCGAACUGGCAAUUCCUCAAAUGCUCGCAGAGACGAUCCGAUGUAACUUUGGUCAAGUCAAGUAUUCAUUUGAGCUGCAAAUCGAGCGAUCAGGAACCUUCAAAUCCAACCUCACAGGAACCCGCGAUCUCACGAUCCUCAGAUCUCUAGGGAUGUCUAAUCUCGAAUCAUCUGAGCCUAUUGUCAUCUCUAGAGACUGGGAAGAUCAGCUUCAUUAUGAAAUCGUUAUUGCUGGCAAAGCCUUCAUCAUCGGUGGUCAGAUCCCAGUGGCUUUUUCGUUUGUGCCCCUGGCAAAAGUCCGUUGCCACCGCAUCCGAAUCUACAUCACAGAGCACACCGAGUACUUUUGCAAAAAUCGCAAAGUCCAUCGAGUCGAGCCUGUUCACAAAUUUUUGUUGUUGGAAAAAGUUAGCCGAAAUGGUAUCCAUGGCUCGUUGCUUGAAGAGUCCACAGAUAUGAGCAAUCUGACGGCUUUCGAGUUCAAUGUGCAAAUCCCCACUUCCUUCAAAAGCCGUCGUGAUCGUUUACAUCCAAAUGCAAACGUUGGCACCAUCAAAGUUCACCACUGGAUCAAAGUGGUGCUUCGUUUGUCUCGCGCCCAGCCGGAUCCCACUACUGGCAAAACGAAAUACUACGAGGUAUCUAUUGACUCACCUAUUACUCUUCUUGAUGCCCGUACCGUGACAGCAAACACUCUUCCUGAAUACCACACUACAGAAACGGUCAAUGCUGACCAUUUGCGACCGUAUCAGGAGUACAUUGAAAGUCAGACAGCGGUGCGACCAAUUCAUCUCAUGCGCAAACCGUCUGUCGCACCACCGCCGUUCGAUGCUGAAAGCAUACCUCCAAACAUUUUCCCCCCGCAGUAUGAUCAAUUGCAUGAGUCUCCUGCGAGUUAUCAUCGACGUUAUGAGGAGUAUCAGGCCCGCAGUGUGACGCAAACUCCGACUGAGGAGACCCCUCACUUUAGUGAUAUCAUCUGGCGUGAUGACGACAGUGAGGAUUCUGGGAAUGGCUCGGCAUCGCCUGGGUCGCCUAGGGCAGAUCCGCAAGAUCUUGCCAGAGAGACAGUCAGUUCACCUCUGCAGACACCAUCUGUUGAGCAUUCGGGGCCGCAAAUCUCUCCGAGCUCAACUACCACUGGCGAACCGGAGUUUGCUGGCCGGGGCUUCCCCUUCUUGUUGACACCUAGAGAACAACAGCCGUCGACUGAGAUAGAGGCAGAGGCCGAUCCAUUGGAUGCAGCAGCCGGACCUCCCCCUGAACAAACUCCUUCGUUGCUGGUAGACACCAAACUUGGUCGUGAACCCCUGGAUCAUCCAUAUAUGCCACUCACACCCCGGUCAUCCGUAGCGGGCUGGCCAUAUCGUGCAGGGUCAACUGCAUCUUCGGCUUCCAUACAUUCGUUAGCCCGACCAGGAAGCUCCGCUCGACCCGGAUCAUCGUCCCGGGAUGCAAGACCUCGCAUGGGAUCGGCGACCUCGCUACGAAGUCCCCGGUAUUACCGACAGUCAUCCAUUAUUUCGGUUGAUCUGGUAGAUCAGGGUGUAUCUGGACCCGCAGCACGUAGGCCAUCUGUGGUCGCGAACCUCUCGGAAGUCGAGGAUGUCACCGAUUGGUAUCAUGGCGGUCGCAGUGAUUCGCUGUCGUCACUGGGUGUAUCUGUUUUGGAAUACGAAAGACCAGAUCAGAACCCUCUUCUGCCCGGUGGGCGCGGUGCAUCGACGGUUUCUGCAGACCUCGCUGAUUUCGAUUAUGAGGAUGACGUUGCAAGUAUUUACAGCGGCACAUCAAGUUAUAUCCAUCCACAGCCAUUUUUCCACACUUGA